AUGUCUUUUAGGAAUUAUUACGAUACAUCUUCUUAUGGACGGACUCGGGAUAAAGGGAGAACGUUGACAAGUAGCGUUACAGUGGACCGGCCGACUACCGUAACUGCUAAGUACCUCAAUACCACGCCGUCAUAUAAAUCGUCCAGCAUCCCAGUACUUUCUGAUAGAUCUGAACGAUCCUCGACCAAGGAUGAAUCACCCAUAUCAGCGAUUGCUAGCCGGUAUGCCAAUUAUGGAAAAACAGACAAAACUACGCCAAAAUACGAAAAGAAAGAUUAUACGAAGCUUUCUGUACCUUCUUCGGUUACUGGUAAAAGUAGAGACGUCAGCCCUAUAUCGACAACUUCGAAAUAUAGCUAUAAUCGACCCUCGAGACACUUGAGUCCAGAGAGGAAAAUCACGAAGAGUUUUAAAGAAAAAGUCCGAGAUCCCAGUCCUGGGGAUCGCGACAGAGACAUUCCAAGCAAGACUGACAAGUCUUCAGGCUAUAACAGCCUGUCGAGCUAUAAAUUAUACCCUCGAAGUUCAAGUUAUACACGACCUACAUCUAGGCCGGAAGUAAAAUCUGAAGUCACUGUCAAUAGAUAUGCGAUUGCGAACCGAUUGUCGUCAAAUUAUCAAAGAAGCCCACCUACCGUAAAGGGAACGUCAGUUUCACCUGUAAAUAAUAGAGAGACCAUUAUAAAGAAUGAGGUUGAAAAACCUUUGCCACCGGCAAUUGCUCCUGAUAACACGGCGAAUAUGCAUAAAGAAGUAAUUACUCAAAAUGAGAAAAGUUUUCAUGAAGAGGUUGAUGAAACCGAAACUGUUACAGUUAUUACUAGACAUACGUCUCCUACCCCACCUGGCUCAUCAGCAUAUGUAAGAAAUAGAAGGGCAGACAUGGCGAAAACUUUAGAAAAAACUUUAACCCGGUCCAAAAAGAAACCUGAAAUGAUUGACAAAGAAAUACAAUCUGAUCGUAUUGACGAUACAAGCCGCUCUAGUAGAUAUGGAAGCACUUCUAGAGCUAGUGCCACUAAUUGGUCUUAUUACUCGCCAAAUAGUUAUACUGGAUAUGCCGGUCGAUAUUCCACACAAUAUUCAAACCUAAGAGAAAAUUCAACUGGUAAUUCGUGUAGCGAUAGAACAAGUCGAAGUCAUAGCACAGAAACUCCAUCGAGAGAAAACAAUAGCGUAAGUCCUUACUCUGAAAAUAGUAAUAAUAGCAAUAAAAAUAAAAUCACAGUUAAUAAUAUACAAGAGACAAAUCAAGAAAUUGUAGCGGUAUACGAACAAAGUAAAGAAGAUGAUAUACCAGAAAUUAUUAUUAACGUUAACCUUAAGCUAAAGAGGGCUAAAAGUCCAGCAUCAACAAUAGGAGCAGCUGAAUUAGUAUCCCCCGAAUUGACAAUUACUAAUAGCCAAUUACCUCCUCAAGCACCUAAAUCAGAUGCACUUAUAAAACCAAAGAAAACUAAAAUAAGAAAAACAAGUACAGAUUCAUCUUCUGACUCUUCUUCCAAAAAGAAAGUAGUAAAGAAGAGAAGCAAAUCAGUAAGUUCAACAGAUUCAGAUCAAGUCAGUGAAGGAAACAGCACGAAUAAAGAUUCGGUUUCUGUGUCUUCAAAAAGUAUUAAAAAAACAUCAUCAAGCAGUAAUUUACAAAAUGGUGUAGCAAAAUUGAAACAUUCCAAAUCAAGAGAAAGCAAUAGCCCUGAAUCAAGCAUUACUUUAUCAACCCAAUCUUCCAUAAGCGAAGAUGAAGCUGUGUCGCGCUCAAAAUUAAAUGACAUUUCCAGAACUUCCGCUGAUGAUAAUUCACUACCGACUGAUAAAUCUGCUAAACAGUCAUCACCUUUAAUGACUCAAAAAAAUGAUAGUGGUGCUGAAGAAGCGAAAUCAUUUUUAAUAAGAGCAUUGGCGCCAGUCACAAACCUUUUCAAAAUAAGACAUCAAGAAUCGAGUGACAACAGUAGGUGGCCUGAUAAUUCGACUUCGGAAUCCACAGGAAAAGAUGUAUCUAAUCUUAUUACAGAAAGUGACAGAUCAAGUAAAAGCAAAAAUAUGGUAGCCACAAAUGACGAUAAUGUUGUUAAGCUGAAAAGCAUCAGGCACAUCGAAUCUGGCGAAAGAGCUUGGUGGUUAGAUUCAGAAUCUGACAAAAAAUUGUCUGAAAACCACCAUUCUGGCUCAGAUAAAAAUAUACCAAACGUGAUUCGGCAUGUAGAAUCCGGAGAGAAAGCAUGGUGGCAAGAGUCAAAUGGAGAUAUCAACGUAGAUGCACAAACAAAUCACGUUAAUAAUAUCGAACAUUCCGACUCUAACAAACAGUUAAAGAAAAGCAAAUUUGUUGAUGAUGAAAAGCCUUGGUGGUUGGACAGUAGUGCAAAUAUACCAGAAGGUAUAGAGAGAUUAACACCACCUCGAAAAUUAUCUAGUGACAGUGAAAAAAGUGAAAAGUAUAACUUUUUCAAGGUUCGUCAUGUACCUGCAGAGGAACAAAAGGACUGGUGGCUUACAAGUAAUGAAAACUCAUUGCAUAGCAAUAAGCCUGAAUCGCAAAAUAAUUUGACUAAAUCAGGAUCAGAUCAAAAGAGCUUUCCGUUAAAGAGAAUUCGACACGUUGAAUCAGGAGAAAGGCCCUGGUGGCUGUCUAGUGACAAAAACAUUCCAGAAGGUAUAGAAAAAUUACCAACUCCUCCUCCCCAAGACGACAGCGAUUCUUCUGACUCAGAAGAAGUUCAAGUAUAUGUGCCUCCAUCCCAUAUUCCACCAUUUCCUUUACACUUACCAGACGAUGAACCAUUGGGUGAUAGAAGAAGCCCUGAAGGUCUUGAAACGCCGAGAGAGAAUGAAGAUUAUGAAGGUCGUACCUCACCAUAUGAAAAUAAUCGUCAUUUCAGGAGAAGAAGUCUGUAUACAAAGGGAAUGGAUAGAUAUAUAUCGCGCUACACUGAUAUUGAUGACAUUUUAGGGACAUCUGGACAAAUAUAUAGUCCUUUUAUGCAUUCUAUUCUGGCACGAAGGACUGGUCAAAUGACCUAUGACGACGAUGAAUGUGAAGAAAUAGAUGCCACCCAAGUGAGAAUCCAUGACAGCACUGCACAGCGACCGGUUAUCAAGAAACUUCGGGGCAGAAAUGAAGUCGCUAGAUACCGUGAUGAAGAUCAACUGUGUGGGCAAAAACUGGCCGACCACGUCAGGUUAUUAAGAGAAAAAGAAGCAAGCGUGAGACCGUGUUACUUGCACGAGAAUUCUACAUACAAGGCUUGA